AUGUUUGAGGGUUACGAUACUGGAGACACGAAUUCAAGAUUCUGGUCUAAUUGGACUACAAAUUAUUUAAACGAUAUAGACACGUCGGAGUAUCCAUUCCCUAAUACGUUAUGGAACCGGAAGUCAGCCAAAGAGAUUGCAAUCAAAUCAUCAGCCAUGCUGGUUGUCGGUAUUAUGGGCAUCUUCCUCAACGCCGUCAUUCUCGUCAUCCUGAUGAAGAACAGGUGGCUGUGGACUGCCAGCAAUUACCUCGUCGGAAACCUUGCCCUAGUAGAUCUAUUGACUUUGAUACUGUGUCCCUGGUUCAUGCUAGUCCGGGACUUCUACCAGAAUUACGUAUUGAGGAACUUCGGCUGCAAGUUUGAGGGAUUUUUGCAAGCAACGUUUCUCUUGGCGAGUGUUGGGGCCGUGAUGUUGGUGUCAUACGACAGACUUGCUGCGGCAGCGUUGAAUUCUGAUGCCAGAGUCACCAAAACUGCUGCUCCGAAACUGAUAGUCGCUUCAUGGAUUAUUGCAAUCAGUUUGGCACUUCCAUGGACCAUUAAAAGGGACUUUAUGGAACGACAGUGGCUGGAUUACUUGGAGAUGUUUUGCGUAGAAGACGUUAACGUGCUUAACAUUUAUUGGCAUUUUAUCACAAUCCUCUUAGUGUGGUUGCCAUUGGGCCUUAUGAUUGUCACCUAUGGCACUUUAAUGUGGCGUCUCGAGUGGAGCGCGCGGCGUCUGGCUUCGCGCGGUGGCGGUCAGACCCUCACCAAAGCGAAAAGUAGAGCUAUGAGAAUAACGGCCUGCGUUUUACUGACGGCGGCCGUGUGCAGAAUACCAUAUACAACCCUAGUGUACUGGAGAAACAAUCUUAGCUUGGAAAUUAAUGCGGUUGACGGUGCUUACAAUAUAAUGUGGUUUCUAGCAAACUACCUAAUAUAUGUGAACUGUGCCAUAAACCCACUCAUCUACGGCUUCACCAACUUACGGUUCCGCAGAGCCAUGGACAGAACGUCUGGCGUUGCUUCGUUCAGGUUUGGUUCCUGGUGUUGUUCUUGCGCGGUGCUCAACUCAAAGAAAUGCCCAUCGCAAGACAAGAACAUGGCGAAGAUUUUCGUAAUUGAGAACAGUCCCCGCCCGAAUAAAAAGUUAUCGCGCGUAAUAAAGAACAUAUUGCAUAUUAACAGAGAUACUAUCGAACUCAGCCUGCCAAAAGUCGAAGAAGUCACCACGAAACCUACAAAAAUUACGCCUUUGAAAGUGGAAAAUAUAUUA